AAAAAUGGCCCCUCCCAAUUUGCACAGAGAGACGAGUUUUGGCCGAGCUCGACGUAUGUGAGUCAGCUUGCUAACUAACCAUUGCGUAACCGUUUAUAUCGAUAUUUAGUUAACUAACAAAGAGCAAAAGCUAUUUUCAUACAUAGUUAUUAUUGAUGGAAAAAAGUUCAGACAGUCAUUAUACUGAGUGACUCGCGAGCUUGUCAACAAUACAAAUCUUCUUAGCUAGCCUGCUAGCCAUUUUGAUGGCAAACAACAACAUGGGACAAUAACAUCUAGCUACAGCAGACGUGUAAAUUACAUCUAUGGUUAGACUAGUGCACACCUAAUUUCUGGCAAUAUCAGGUUGUUUGGAAACCAUCAUCAUCGUAAUGAAUUGCCGUUCAGAAGUGCUGGAGGUGUCAGUCGAGGGUAGACAGGUCGAUGAAGCCAUGUUGGCAUUGUUGCAUACUAUCCUGCUGCACCGCAGCACUGGAAAAUUUCACUACAAGAAGGAGGGCACCUAUUCCAUCGGCACCGUGGGCACCCAGGACAUCGACUGUGAUUUCAUAGACUUCUCAUUUGUCCGAGUGUGCUCAGAUGAGCUUGACAGAGUAAUAAGGAGAGCUGUGUGUGAAUUUAAGGAUGCUUUGGGCAACUCGGGGAGCGACGGAAUGGGACAGAUCUCCCUGGAGUUCUACCAGAAGAAAAAGUCUCGCUGGCCUUUCUCUGACGAGUGCAUUCCAUGGGAGGUCUGGAGUAUCAAGGUCAACGUUGUUAAUCUGGCCAAUGAACAGGAGAGACAGAUCUGUCGCGAGAAAGUGGGCGAGAAGCUGGGUGAAAAAGUGAUAAAUAUUGUCGAGGUCAUCAACCGCCAUGAGUACCUACCGAAGAUGCCCACACAGUCAGAAGUGGACAAUGUGUUUGACACCAGUCUGAAAGAUGUCCAGCCUUACCUGUACAAGAUCACAUUCCAGAUCACUGACACACUCGGCACCUCUGUAAGCACCACUAUGAGGAGGCUGAUCAAAGACACGUUAGCACUGUAAGAGAGCCUCAAAAUUAUGUACAUCUGUGACGUGAGUGAGAGGGUAUGAUCGACUGUUGGAUGAAAUUACAAACUCGGUAGAUUGAGGCACUAGUCAGUCACUUCAGCUUCCGUGCCUCUCGGAGCCCUUUGUGGCUUUGAAGCCUCUUCUGUGUCUUGACCUCUAGGCUUAAAACACGGAUAACAUGCUAUAAGUUUCCACCAUGCUGUGUCUACUCACACAUCUUUACAUUUGUAAACAACAAUUUUAGAAUGUUUAUGCUUUCCUUGAUCUUUAUCCAAUUGCCUUCCUUACUUUUAAAUUUGAAAUAAAGUGAGAAUAUACAGCAAUCACAUUUUUGCUUUUAAGGUUUUGAAAUAAAACUGCUGAAACACGCAUGCAGUCUGUCCAAAGCAGAAUUUACAUUAAAAAAAAAACCUAGCAAAGCUGAAAUUAUUGGUUAAGUAAUUUUGUUAUUUAUGAACAUGUUAUGGCAUUUAUCUCUUUUAGUCAAAUAAUCAAGGUUAUUUACAAUUCUGUAUAUUUCUUAAAAAUAAAUACAGAUCACCAUUA